CUCAAAAUUAAGUAAAGACAUUUGUUUUGAACAUCAACCUUGACUUAAUAUCUUGUGAUUGCAUUUCUUAUUGUUGUAUCUGUUUGCUUCGCAUUUCAAGAAACCAACUGACAUUUGACAUUUAGACAUUCCUUUUCCUUUCCAAAAUUAAUUUGUUUCCACUAGUAUAAAACGACACCAACCCCCAUCACUGAAUGAUCCUGCAUUCCUAUUCUAUUCUAUUCUGUUGCAAAAUACUCCCAACCAAACAAGACAACGCAAAAAAAAAAAAAAAAAAAAACAUACUAUACUACAAUGACAACUUAUAAGCUCAAUUCCUUUGUACGCUUAAUGUUCUUUUCCUUCUCUUUGUUCCUGCACCAAUCCUAUUCCAAUGAAGAAGACACAAAAUAUGAUAUUAACUGGUGGUGUAGCACUACUCCUCAUCCUGAACCAUGCAAGUACUUCAUGGCUGACGCCACGCUCCAGCGUACUUUCAAGCCGAAAUGCAAAGUUGAGUUCCGAACCAUGACUGCACAAGUCGCCCUGGAACAAGCCCUCUUAGUACAAAGCCACUCCAAAAAUGUGGGUCAGCACUGCCGAGGGAAACGAAAGAAACUUGUCUGGAUGGAUUGUGACAAGCUUAUUGACGACACAAUCCACCAAUUAAACCGUACUCUUAAUGGCAUCGGAUCAAACUCAACUUCUUGUACCGAUUUCGAUGCUCAAACUUGGGUUAGUGCCUCAUUAACAAAUAUCGAGACAUGUCUCUCGGGCUCAAAUCAGCUCAACGUUUCUAAUGUCCUACAUCCGACUUUAUCCACUAAUGUCUCACAACUGAUUAGUAAUUCUUUGGCUGUAAACGGAGAGCUUCUGGAUUCACAAAAUUCAACAGAAAUUGGUGGAUUUCCAAGUUGGGUUACGACUAGGGAAAGAAAGUUGCUGCAUUCUUCAACAAGAAGCUUAGCUUCCAAGGCUAUUUAUGUAGUGGCACAAGAUGGAUCAGGGAAUUUCCGGUCCAUUCAGGCUGCAAUCAAUGCCGCCGUCAAAAAGGUUUCAGAUCAGAGGGCAAUCAUAUAUAUUAAAAAAGGUGUUUAUAGAGAAAAUGUGGCGAUAGGACCUUCCAUGAGUAAAAUCAUGUUAGUUGGUGCUGGCUUGAGGUACACAAUAAUUACAGGCAGCCGAAGUGCAGCAGGAGGUUUCACGACUUACAGUACAGCAACUGUUGGGGUUGAUGGAAGUGGAUUCAUUGCGCGUGGCAUCACAUUCCGAAACACAGCAGGUCCGAGAAAUGGUCAAGCAGUAGCACUCCGAUCAGCAUCCGAUCUUUCAGUGUUCUAUGCAUGUGGUUUCGAAGGAUACCAAGACACAAUCUUUGUCCAAUCCCAACGACAAUUUUACAAAACAUGUCAUAUUUAUGGCACCAUAGACUUUAUAUUCGGUAACGCUGCAGUUGUUUUCCAAAAUUGUGUCAUAUAUGUGCGAAGACCCUUAGUAGGCCAGGUCAAUGUGAUCACAGCACAAGGCAGAGGUGACCCUUUUCAGAACACGGGAAUAUCGAUUCACAAUUCGAGAAUAACAGCAGCACCGGAUCUCGCGCCAGUGAUUCAGGCAUUUAAGACAUAUUUGGGACGUCCGUGGCAGGAAUAUUCAAGGACAGUAAUAUUGAGGUCUUAUAUUGAUAGUUUGGUUAAUCCAUCAGGAUGGUUACCGUGGCUAAAUUCUGAUUUUGCAUUCAAAACUCUGUAUUAUGGAGAGUAUGGUAACUUUGGACCAGGGGCUUCGACUAGGUAUAGGGUGAAAUGGCCUGGUUACCAUGUUAUUACCGAUGCAAAGGAGGCUUCAAAGUUUACUGUUAACAACCUUGUAGGUGGUAGGUCAUGGCUGCCUUAUACCGGCGUGCCAUUCACCUCAGGGCUCUGAAUUUGGUCUAUUAUUUGUAUAAUAAUUGUCUAGUAAUUAUUAUAUCCAUUCAUUAUUUUGUACAUGUGUGUAAUGACAUUAUCUGAAAGUAUCUAUACGAUUACAAUAUUGGUUUUAACUAA